AUGAUGAGUACUUCAGAUAUAUUCUUGUAUAAGGAAAGGCUAAGAUUAUUUAACUAUACAUUUUCUAUUCUACUUACUAUAGAAUUGUUACUUUUGACCUUUGUUGGAUGUCUACAUGAAACAAAUAGUUAUGAGACACCUAAAUCUGAUGAGUCGGAAAAUACAAAAUUCCUUAACUUUGAGAAUCUUUGGAAUUAUAAUAUAAAUGAUUAUUUGGAGUUAAAUAGAGGAUUAUCAGCCUCAACCAUGAUUUAUAAAAAGCAUUUGAAUGAAUUGCAGAAAAAAGAGCUGAAUAAGUAUCCUGGAAUUAAUGAUGAUCCUUAUUCUGAUAUAAGAGUAAUGACUAAUAGGAUGACUAUAUCUAAUAAUAUUCCAAAAAUGAUGGUAUAUGCAAAGACACCUUUAGUAUCAGUUCAAGAAGCUCGCAGAACAUAUCCUUUAAUGCAAUCACCAGAACAGAUGAGAUCUGAAGUUCCAAGACCUUUUCCUGAGGAACAAGUCUUAAAUGCUGAAUCUGGCAUAAUUUUAGAUAAAGUAAAAAAAAUAAUGAAGGUAGAACAUAGUGAACUAACCAAAAAUUUUAUCAGUUUGGCUUUAGAUUAUUCAUUUUUACCUCCUGUAGCAUUAAAAGCUUCUAUAUGUAUGUAUGAAUCCACUCUUCCAUAUAUGCUAGUAAGGUGGAAAAAUAUCAAUAAUAUUUCAAUAAAAAGAUUGGAUUCAAUCAUUCAAUUGGUUCUUAGUAUUCCAUUUUAUCGCUAUUAUGAUAAUGAGCAUGAAUUAGUUAAUGUCUGUUCCUCAUCAUUAUUAUCAAUAGAUUCAAAUUUGGCGAGUGAGAUUACAAUUUAUAAUAAAUUAUAUCUUCCCUUUUCAUCUAAUAAUGGUAGACGUAUUUUAGGAUUUUCAAAUGAUAAUUUUAUUAAGAAGUAUACAAGCAUGGACAAUCAGAAUUUUGAUGAUCAGUUAUUAAAUGAAUCCUAUGAUAAUUACUCCGAUCAAAAACAUUUUAAUUCAACAGGGGCAAAAAGGAAAACAAAUUUUAAGUCCUCUUAUAAAGGAGCUCAAAUAAUACACUCAAAAAUAUGUCGUAAGUUUUACAAUUGUUUACAAUAUACAAUAUCGGAUGAUAUAAAGGAGUAUUUAAAGGAUCAUACUAUUGUAAAUAGUCCUAAUGAAAACAAGAUUAUUAAGAGGUUUUACAAUAUUCCGGCACAAUUCCCUAAUACUUCUGUAUUUCGUACAGCUCAAAAUUCUAUUUCUUCGGAUUAUUUUAUAGCAUCUCUACAUGAAUUAAUAUAUGUUAAUUUAGAAAUGCCAUUUUUACCAUUUCCUGGUUAUAACAUUCGCUACUUAUUGAGAGUAUUAUACUUUGCAGGAAGACUUGGAGUAAUUAUACCUGUUGGAAUUGCUUUAAAGAUGCUCUAUGAGUUGGGGAACAUAUCACAACAGUCAAUUCUUCUCAAGAGAGCUUAUUGCCUAGUAAGUCUUGAAAAAAUAGUUUCCUACAAAUUUGCAGAGGUAAUUUGUACAGAGGCCUAUAUGCCCUUGCAGGAACCGUUUCAAAGAUCCUUAGUUUUAGGAAAAGCUAUAGAUAUCAUUCAUAAGAUUGGAUCUUCAUCAACUGCUCCUCCUACUAGACCUGAAGCACUUAUUUUGGACUUAGAAAAAUCAAGUAUAUUAGAGCCUGAAAAGCUAGAAUUUCCUUCUUUUAUUCAGUUCGAAGUUCCUCAGGAUAGAUGGCGAUUAUACAGGGCUAUAGCAAUCCAACUUUACGGUUCCUACAUUAUUUCAGAUAAGAGUGCAAUAUCAAGUGUUGUAUCAGUUAUUUAUGCCUCAGUUUUAAGUUUUAUUAGAUGUUUUUGGGAUGAAUUUUCUCUUUUGUAUAUAGAAAGUGGUGUUUUAGAUCCUGAGCUCCAUUUUAGUCUGCUUGAAAAUGGUGCAAAAAAUCCAGGGAUAAUUGAGUUAAUUGCAACUUCUCGUGUGUAUAAAGUACCUAUAGCAAUAUAUACUAAGAAAAUUACCCCUAAUCGGAAAAUUGAAUUUUUAUUAGAAAAGGAACUUACAGAGAAGGUCCAGAAUCUUAGUAGUAUUAAUUUUCAAGACCCUUUAAUAAAUCAUAAUUCUUUUUUUAAAGUUCCAAAUGAUGGUAAAGUACUGGUUUAUCGUUGCAUUCGUUUAUUGGUUUCUAAUCCUACUUCAGAGAGCUUCUUUGAAAAUAUUUUCUCAAAGAAUAAACCUAAAAGCUCAAAAAACAGAAAUCAAAUUGAUUUAGAAGCUUCUUGGGGAUGGGAUGCUUUAAUCCCACUAUUUGAUCAAAGAAUAUCUCAACAAUUAGUUAAUGAGGAUCGGGGAGUUAAAGUAUUUUAUAAAUCUGUGAACAAGGAAGAUGGAAUUUAUACUCUUGAAUCUGAGUUAUCAAAAAUUUCGACAUCUCAAAAAUAUAAAAGUGAAGAAUCUCCUUUCCAAAAAGAUAACUCCAAAGAGGAUUUGGAAAUUGGGAAGAUAUUGCGAGUAUCUUCAAAUUUUAGCUAUAUUGAGGCUUUCGAUAGUACUAUAAACCAAAAUAAGAACUUAAGGAAGCCUAGGCUUAAAGAAGGGAUGAAUAUAGUUCCUAAGGUGUAUAAUGAAUUUGAUUCAAUAAAUGACAGUAAUAAUAAAUACCUUCAUGGUCAUUUAUUUGUAGUAGUUCAGCCUAUUAUCCCUUAUAUUCAAGUUGGUAUGUAUGAGAGUAAAAUUUACUACGAUGAAAUUUACCCUAAUAACCCUUUACUUGAAUGGGAAACUCUUGCAGAACGUAUAGAUUUGGCAUAUUUACAAGAUGUUUUAUAUGAAUAUAAAACUUUUCAUAGUCCUCUACCUUUCAACCUAUCUAGUUGGAAGCCUCCAAAGGAGUACCUAAGUACUAAAAAAGGUCUUCAAGAAAAAAGAGUAGUUACCACUUCUUUUAAAAGUCCUAAUGAGAAUUUAGUUUUUCCCUUAUCAGGUUUCCCUACAAGUGAGCCAGAAUCCAAUUUCAUCUCACUUAAGGGUAGCCCUCCAACUCCAAAUAUUUUGUAUAAUAAAGAGCAAAAGAAUCCUUUAAAUUUGAAGAUAUUAUUUACAUUAGCUAGAGAAGUCUGGAUGCUCCCACUAGGAUCUAUAUCCAAGACUCUAUACUGCUAUAGUAAGAAAGUCUUUUCAUAUCUCAAAAAUCCAGAUCCGAAGCGGAUUCCUUUGAUGCUUCUUUAUGAUCGUUUAAUAUCAACUGUAACUUCUUUGCUACCUACUAUAGAUAAUUCAAUUAAAAGUUUGAGACCUAUUCCAUUUUUAUUAACAGUGUGUGAGAUGACACUUAUGGAUCCUAUUGAACUAGAACCAUUUCUUGUAAUCUCAAAUGAGGACUUAAUACCUAUUGGAACAGGUUUAGAAUCUCCAAGAGUUUUAUUAAAUAUGUACGGAAAAGUUUUACAAAUUCAGAAGAUUUGUGGAUCUUUUACUAAAUGUUUAAAAUCUCCUAAUAUUAAAUACAAAUUCAAAGAGAUUCUUCAGUUAGAUAGCAAAGCUAAUAGAUUAAAUCCUAAGAUGCCUAGCAAUCAACAAUUAUUUGAUAUCCAGGAAUUAGUUCCAAAAUUCCCUGAAAUAUUGCCUAUUGUAAAAAAUUUAUUCAGAUUUAUCCAUUACUUAGGGCGCAGAGGUGUAGAACUCCCAAAACCAGCACUAAUUCAGAUUGCAAAGGAGAUGGCAAUAAUGAUGCAUUCGGUAUCGCCAUUUAUGUGGAGAUCGAAAAAUUUUGAUUCAAAUUCUAAGGAUUCCACGUCAAAAAAAAAGGGAGAUGGUCCACGUGAUCAACUAGAGCUGGAUGAGAAUUUCCCUUUUAUACCAAUUUAUGAUGAGGUAUAUUGGUCAAAAUAUGAUAAGGAAUUGCUAUUGCAUGUAUGUGUAGCUAUAAUUACAACUCGUAGAAUUACGACUUACCCUGCAUCAAUAGUCACUUGUCAUUAUGCUUUUCAAAGACUUCCAGUAUCUCCGUAUAAUAUCGAGAAAUCCAUUCCAGAUGAGUCUGAUUUAGAAGUUGAUGAGAAAAUUGCUACAAAAGUUGUUCUAUUUUAUCUUGGUGACUUCAUUAAAGAUCCAAUUGAAUUUCUAACUUCUAAAAACAAAAUAGCCCAAGAUCCAAUUGAGAAACUAUAUACACAGUACUAUAUAGAUUUUAAAGAGAGUAUGAAUCUACCAUAUUCUAAUAGCAAAAUACACAACUAUUACGAAGAUAUAGAUAAGAUCCUCAAAUCUUUCCAAUCUGAAUCCUUAUAUACAGAAAUAGUUAAAAAUAUGUUUGUAACCUAUGAUAACUUUUUGGCUAGCAUUCAAAGAAAUGCUAAUGAAUUUAGUAAUUUAGAAGUAGAAUUUAAUCGCAACCAAUAUAAAACAGAUAGUUCUGGAAUUUGGUAUCUGAAUACUGGAAAGGGGAAUUCAGAAACUUUUAAAGGGGCAUCUAGGAGUGAUAACUUUAAAACUCCUCAGAAUCAGAAUAUGUUUGAACAACUUCAGAAAUUUCAGAAAUCCAAUAAUGAGAAAUUUUAUGAUUUUUGGGGGUAUCAACCAAAUUCUUAUAAUCGUGAUUUAGGAAUUGUUGGAGGUAGUGGUGAUGAAGAUAUAUUUAAAACUAUGGCUAUACUCUUGUAUGGUUCGAGCAAAUUUUCAACACUUAUAAAAUCUACCUAUAAUUCGAUUAUAGCUCUAAUUAUUGAAAUAUGUAGAUUACGCCAAGAAAUAUUAGCUAAAUAUAGUGAGGAUAUGGCUGAUAUUGAAGUAAAUGGUGUAGAUUCUGAAAUUACCUCUUUCAGUUUUUCUCAAUGUGAUACAAAUGAGAGUUCAAACUUGAAAAGUCCCAAUAAAGAUUUUGAUGAUAUCAAUAUAUUUAACGUUUUACAAAUAACUUACAAAAUCCCAAUACUAGUCUAUGAUUUAUAUGACAAACUGGAUACAAUUCAAAGCGCAGAAAUCAAUAAUAAUUUAUAUAAACAAUAUAACUUCCAAACCUUGUGCUUAGCCUUAAGAAUUGCAAGAAACAGAUCUUCAGCAAACCAAAAAAUUAUUUCAUAUAGGCCUCUUAUUCAAAAGGUAACUGUUGACCAAUAUGAUGAGUUAAAAUCUGGAACUGGACCCAUUCCGCUGAAUGUGAUACUUUUAAAUAUUAGGUCCAUUAGGAAACCUGAUGAAUAUGGUAAAAGACCUUUAAACAGACCUAAAACAACUUUUGAUACAGCUAUAGAGUUAUAUAGGUUAAAUCAAGUUUCAAGAAGUGAUAAGAAAGAUAUCAGUAAAAAUUUUAUGGAUAUCUCAAAAGAAACUAGAAGAGUCCAAAGGAAUUAUCAAGAACCUAAAUUUAAAGAUUCAGAAAAUUUAAAUGAGAGAUAUAAAGAAUCUAGCCAAUAUUCUAAUCUUAAAGAUCAGGUGUUUAAACCUCUGUUAAGACGAACUCUUCCAUCUGUUCCAGGUGAGGUGGAGGGUCGAAGAACUUUAGAGUUCAUAAAAAUUACAACGGCUUUAAUGGAUUUACUGAGAAAGCCAGUUGCCUCUUUUCCAGACAAAGAAGUAGAAAGAAAUAUCGUUAAAAUCUUCACAGGUCAAAUUAUGGAUAAUGAAUCAAAGGAGUUGUUAUUUUCUAAAUAUGGAAUGAAGUUUGAUGAAAUAUCUAGCAAUUUUGAAUAUCUUUCAGUUAGUGAGAAGGAAAAUAUAACAACACAAUGUAAAUAUAGUAUAAUACAUGGUAAAAGGGGGAAUAUAGUCAUACCUUCAAAUAUUGCAGUUAAUAUCAAUUCUUUAAAAUUUAUUGCAGAGUAUCUUAAAGAAGUUGUGAAAGUUCCUGUUUCCCUUUCUUAUCUUAGCUCUACUAUAGGAUGUUUUUUUGAAAGUGAAAGCAUUAAAGCAUUAACAAAAACACAUUGGUAUGAUCAAGUAAAAGAGGCAAUUCAGAGAAUUACUAUGUCAAUUUUUGGUAAUAUAUAUAUAUAUUGGAGUAAUUUUAAGUUUAAUUUCCAAUCUAAAGCUAUUAAUGUUAUGCAUACAUGUAAACUCAAAUUAAAUGACAAAUUUUCUAUUAUUAAACAUAAAAUGCUUGAAAAAUAA